GCAAUUUACAAGUCGAAAUCGAACAGAAUGAAUGCCGCUUAGAGAUAUAUCCGCUCACUCAAAGCAUACUCGAUUUAUUAUAUACUUUAAUAAAAAUGGGAAUACCAAACAACUUGGGAUCUGGGUCCCGAAAACCCGGAAUGGAACCUUAUUUAACAUUUAUUGUAAAUGAAAUAUUUUUGAAGUUUAACACUCGAAACUAUAAAAAUACGAUUGAAAAAUGGCAAAUUGCGGAAAAAUGUUUGAAAAUAUUGCGUUAUCUAUUAGAAAUAUACGAAAUUCAUAAUCAAGAUCUCGUUAAAAAUAAAAGAGAUCAAUUACCAGGAUAUCAUAUUAUGCUGCAGCUGCAUACAAAAUCCGAAAUGCUACACUUGAUUUUAUUAAUAAUAGAUGAAACAAGGCUUAAAUUAGAUGAAUAUACUAAAUUUAAUGAAAAAAAUGAUUUGGAAGAAUGUGGGUUGCAUUGCUUAAAAAUAUUAAAAUUAGGACUAGAAAAACAAGACUCGUUUUUUGAGUACCAUUCAACAACUAAUAACACAAUAUUAUUAUCAGGGUUGAAAAAUAUUCUGCUGGAUGUGAAUCCACGCAGCGGUAAUCCGGAUCAUAUAUUAAAUACAACUAAAUUUGUUACCUAUAAUUGGCUUCCCAAGCAUCGCUACAAUGCCAUUAAAAUUUUAAAAAUUAUUUCUAAGCAACCAAAAGUUACUCACCAAAUACUUGACAUGUUAACUGAAAAUAUUCAAAUUCAAACAGAAAUUCGAAAUGGAUUUAUGGAAUGUCUUGAACAUGAUAUUACGCUCCCAUUGCAAUACUCUGAAAUGGAAUCUAUUUCAGCAAAUCAAGCUCUUAAAAAAGAAUUGGAACUCAAAGAAUCAGUUAUAGAUUUUCUUCAAGAAGGUUUAUAUCAACCAGCUCCAAAUCUAACCCAUUUUUUGCUGGGGUUCGAUACCUCAAAGGAUUUUAAUCAGACUCAAAAAAUGCGAGUUAUUGACGUAUCAUGUAACUGUUUAAAAUCCAUAAUAUCAUUAUUAGAUAAUUACUUAGAGGUACAAGAUAAAGCUUACGAUAACAAUUUUGAGAGAUUUAUUGAACGUUGUUAUUAUUUUAUCUACUCAUUAUGUGCUAACCAGAAAACAUCAGAAACAAUAUUACGUUAUUUACGCAGCUGUGGUGAUUUUAUGAGUCGUCACAUUUGUGCUUUCCCUUUUUCUUAUAUGAAAGAGCCACAUAUUUUAAGGCAAAUGAGUUAUGUGCUGAAAUGUAUUGCUAUAGAAUUGAAAGUUACUUCGUCGAAUUGUCAAAUAAGCAGAUUCCAGUAUUUGUGCGAAUUAUUAGUGAGUACCGACAAAAACGGUUAUCAUAAUAACAUACCGAUGGAUAUAAAUAAUUUAUGUCCACAAUCUUCAAACUUACUAACUGAUAAGUUUAUAUGCAAACAGCAAUCCGAAAAGUCAUUAAACCUAAUUUUAUGCAACUUGCUGGAUAUGAUAUCUUUCGAAGUAGUAAAUCAUUCCAUCCCAAGACUGGAAUUUUUUGACGGUUCUCUCAUAUCUCAAAUUCUCCAUGAUUGUGAGAUUGAAAACGAAGAAGGACUGAAACAAAUUAGUAUUAAAAAAUUAGAUCAACUUUUGCAUGACGAAUUACGUACUGUUCAAACUACAAUAGCCACUGGUCAACGUAAACAUAUAUUGAACGAAAUCAAAGUGUUAUUAUAUUUUGCUCUUCAAAUUAAUAACGGAAGAUGUAAAAGUUUUGCAACUAUUAAAUUUAUUGAAGCUUGGUGUCAGGUUACGGAAAUUUUAUUCAGCUGUGCUCCAGAAUUAGCUUUAUCAAUAAAUACCAAACAAGAACUUAUACUCGAAAUAUUACAAAAAUUACUAAGUAAAAUUGUACCAAUUCAACCGAUAUUUGAGGUUUCCAUAUUAACUUCAGGAACUAUGUUAUUACUUUUAGUCAACUUACGUUAUAAUUAUCAGACUUUAAGAAGAAUUGUUGCAGAAAAAGAUAAUACCCCUAAAAACCGUUUGGAUACAUUAGAGGAUGAACAUAAAACAAUGUCAACUAAAUCAAAUUCGCUUAGUUUGAAAUUUAUUCUGAAAAAUAUAUUAGAAUGGAUAAUAAUAAGUGGAGGAGCUUCGCAAAAGUUACGAAUUAAUUUAUAUGCAUCUCUUUUAAAUUACUUAAGAAUUAUAAAAGGAUGUCACAAUCGAAAUUCUAAAGAAGAUAUAACUAACGAAAUAUAUAUAUUAGGGUUGGAUAAAUCAAUAGUCAAGGAUGUUCCUCAUAAUGAAUCAGCACUAAUUCAACUAACAGUAGAGAUUUUUUUAUCAUUUGGAGAAAAGUUAAUAGAUAUUAUAUGUAGUGAUUGUAUCACUGGUCAUGACAUCUGCAAAAUGACAGCAUUAUCAUGCAUAGACGGUCUAUUAGAAUUGGGUUCAAUGUCAGAUUUUAUUACUUUUUUCGCUAAACGCGGCUAUUUAGCUCAUUUAAUUGAAAGCUUAUUAAAAUCAGAUGAUAAUCUUUGUUUAGUUUUAAAAAAAUCUCCGAAAAAUAUAAAAUCCCUUUAUGUUUACGAAUCAAAGAUGUCAAUGCUUUUGCGUUUAGCUAGUUGUCAUAUGGGUGCUGAGCUAUUAUUAACUGAAAAAGUUUUACAUGUUUUAUCUAAUAUGAAAGUAUAUGAUAUGUAUCCCGAUUUUCAAAAUAGGAAUGAUUUAAUGGAGGAUAAUGAUUUAAAUGAUUUCAUUCCUUCAAUUGAUAUGCGAUAUCGUCAUAUCCUUUUUCCAGCUUUAAAUUUUUGUGAAUGUAUAAUAUCAACAUUAGGCAAAAAAAAUCACUCAGCAAUAUCGCAGGUGACACACUUUUUGUUGGCACAUUGUGGAAUGGUCGAAACCGUAUUAAGAAGUGGAACACCAUUCAUGCAACUAGAACCAUUACAAGAAUAUGCAGCGAUUACUGGACUUGUUGCUCGUACAAUAAAUCAGAAUAUAUUCUCUCUUAGUGAAAUACAUGCAACUGAACACAGUGACAUUAAUUUAUAUCGUACACAUAAAUUGAUGCUUUCUUCGUUAAGUCAAUUUUUAGUUAACGAGAAUACAUUUAAAGAAAUGUUAAGAUUGCAAUAUAUUAAAGGACCCAUUAAUGAUGCUACUAAGGAUAAAUACAUAAAAACUUUUUUUGAAAUAGCUGCUAAUUUGUCAUUAUUUUGUUGUAAUGCAAUUUCUGAUCAUUCUACGGAUCGCAGAAUUAAUGGAAUAAUGUUCUUAGAAACAAUUCAAAGUAACGAUAAUUUAAAUAAUUCAAAUAAAAUAAUCCAUUAUUUAAAUGUUAUAAUCGAUCAACUAAAAAGCUCUGUAGAGUUUGUUUAUAACCAAAAUUAUACAGCAGAUAACUUAUUGUGCCAAAAAGCUGUACCACAAGACAUUAACGGUGAUGAAUUGGUAACACAUAAAUAUGUAAAAAGUUUUUUUAAUAUGAACCAGUGCUUGUGUACAACAAGAGACGCGCUAUCGCUUUGUGUAUUUGUAACAGAACAGUGUUUGUAUUUACUAUGGAGCCAUCUCGACUUUUAUGUACGAAAAACGUUUUCAAAUGAUUUUGAGCAUAAAUUAUUACUAGAUAUGUGCAAUUUACAAGUCGAAAUCGAACAGAAUGAAUGCCGCUUAGAGAUAUAUCCGCUCACUCAAAGCAUACUCGAUUUAUUAUAUACUUUAAUAAAAAUGGGAAUACCAAACAACUUGGGAUCUGGGUCCCGAAAACCCGGAAUGGAACCUUAUUUAACAUUUAUUGUAAAUGAAAUAUUUUUGAAGUUUAACACUCGAAACUAUAAAAAUACGAUUGAAAAAUGGCAAAUUGCGGAAAAAUGUUUGAAAAUAUUGCGUUAUCUAUUAGAAAUAUACGAAAUUCAUAAUCAAGAUCUCGUUAAAAAUAAAACAGAUCAAUUACCAGGAUAUCAUAUUAUGCUGCAGCUGCAUACAAAAUCCGAAAUGCUACACUUGAUUUUAUUAAUAAUAGAUGAAACAAGGCUUAAAUUAGAUGAAUAUACUAAAUUUAAUGAAAAAAAUGAUUUGGAAGAAUGUGGGUUGCAUUGCUUAAAAAUAUUAAAAUUAGGACUAGAAAAACAAGACUCGUUUUUUGAGUACCAUUCAACAACUAAUAACACAAUAUUAUUAUCAGGGUUGAAAAAUAUUCUGCUGGAUGUGAAUCCACGCAGCGGUAAUCCGGAUCAUAUAUUAAAUACAACUAAAUUUGUUACCUAUAAUUGGCUUCCCAAGCAUCGCUACAAUGCCAUUAAAAUUUUAAAAAUUAUUUCUAAGCAACCAAAAGUUACUCACCAAAUACUUGACAUGUUAACUGAAAAUAUUCAAAUUCAAACAGAAAUUCGAAAUGGAUUUAUGGAAUGUCUUGAACAUGAUAUUACGCUCCCAUUGCAAUACUCUGAAAUGGAAUCUAUUUCAGCAAAUCAAGCUCUUAAAAAAGAAUUGGAACUCAAAGAAUCAGUUAUAGAUUUUCUUCAAGAAGGUUUAUAUCAACCAGCUCCAAAUCUAACCCAUUUUUUGCUGGGGUUCGAUACCUCAAAGGAUUUUAAUCAGACUCAAAAAAUGCGAGUUAUUGACGUAUCAUGUAACUGUUUAAAAUCCAUAAUAUCAUUAUUAGAUAAUUACUUAGAGGUACAAGAUAAAGCUUACGAUAACAAUUUUGAGAGAUUUAUUGAACGUUGUUAUUAUUUUAUCUACUCAUUAUGUGCUAACCAGAAAACAUCAGAAACAAUAUUACGUUAUUUACGCAGCUGUGGUGAUUUUAUGAGUCGUCACAUUUGUGCUUUCCCUUUUUCUUAUAUGAAAGAGCCACAUAUUUUAAGGCAAAUGAGUUAUGUGCUGAAAUGUAUUGCUAUAGAAUUGAAAGUUACUUCGUCGAAUUGUCAAAUAAGCAGAUUCCAGUAUUUGUGCGAAUUAUUAGUGAGUACCGACAAAAACGGUUAUCAUAAUAACAUACCGAUGGAUAUAAAUAAUUUAUGUCCACAAUCUUCAAACUUACUAACUGAUAAGUUUAUAUGCAAACAGCAAUCCGAAAAGUCAUUAAACCUAAUUUUAUGCAACUUGCUGGAUAUGAUAUCUUUCGAAGUAGUAAAUCAUUCCAUCCCAAGACUGGAAUUUUUUGACGGUUCUCUCAUAUCUCAAAUUCUCCAUGAUUGUGAGAUUGAAAACGAAGAAGGACUGAAACAAAUUAGUAUUAAAAAAUUAGAUCAACUUUUGCAUGACGAAUUACGUACUGUUCAAACUACAAUAGCCACUGGUCAACGUAAACAUAUAUUGAACGAAAUCAAAGUGUUAUUAUAUUUUGCUCUUCAAAUUAAUAACGGAAGAUGUAAAAGUUUUGCAACUAUUAAAUUUAUUGAAGCUUGGUGUCAGGUUACGGAAAUUUUAUUCAGCUGUGCUCCAGAAUUAGCUUUAUCAAUAAAUACCAAACAAGAACUUAUACUCGAAAUAUUACAAAAAUUACUAAGUAAAAUUGUACCAAUUCAACCGAUAUUUGAGGUUUCCAUAUUAACUUCAGGAACUAUGUUAUUACUUUUAGUCAACUUACGUUAUAAUUAUCAGACUUUAAGAAGAAUUGUUGCAGAAAAAGAUAAUACCCCUAAAAACCGUUUGGAUACAUUAGAGGAUGAACAUAAAACAAUGUCAACUAAAUCAAAUUCGCUUAGUUUGAAAUUUAUUCUGAAAAAUAUAUUAGAAUGGAUAAUAAUAAGUGGAGGAGCUUCGCAAAAGUUACGAAUUAAUUUAUAUGCAUCUCUUUUAAAUUACUUAAGAAUUAUAAAAGGAUGUCACAAUCGAAAUUCUAAAGAAGAUAUAACUAACGAAAUAUAUAUAUUAGGGUUGGAUAAAUCAAUAGUCAAGGAUGUUCCUCAUAAUGAAUCAGCACUAAUUCAACUAACAGUAGAGAUUUUUUUAUCAUUUGGAGAAAAGUUAAUAGAUAUUAUAUGUAGUGAUUGUAUCACUGGUCAUGACAUCUGCAAAAUGACAGCAUUAUCAUGCAUAGACGGUCUAUUAGAAUUGGGUUCAAUGUCAGAUUUUAUUACUUUUUUCGCUAAACGCGGCUAUUUAGCUCAUUUAAUUGAAAGCUUAUUAAAAUCAGAUGAUAAUCUUUGUUUAGUUUUAAAAAAAUCUCCGAAAAAUAUAAAAUCCCUUUAUGUUUACGAAUCAAAGAUGUCAAUGCUUUUGCGUUUAGCUAGUUGUCAUAUGGGUGCUGAGCUAUUAUUAACUGAAAAAGUUUUACAUGUUUUAUCUAAUAUGAAAGUAUAUGAUAUGUAUCCCGAUUUUCAAAAUAGGAAUGAUUUAAUGGAGGAUAAUGAUUUAAAUGAUUUCAUUCCUUCAAUUGAUAUGCGAUAUCGUCAUAUCCUUUUUCCAGCUUUAAAUUUUUGUGAAUGUAUAAUAUCAACAUUAGGCAAAAAAAAUCACUCAGCAAUAUCGCAGGUGACACACUUUUUGUUGGCACAUUGUGGAAUGGUCGAAACCGUAUUAAGAAGUGGAACACCAUUCAUGCAACUAGAACCAUUACAAGAAUAUGCAGCGAUUACUGGACUUGUUGCUCGUACAAUAAAUCAGAAUAUAUUCUCUCUUAGUGAAAUACAUGCAACUGAACACAGUGACAUUAAUUUAUAUCGUACACAUAAAUUGAUGCUUUCUUCGUUAAGUCAAUUUUUAGUUAACGAGAAUACAUUUAAAGAAAUGUUAAGAUUGCAAUAUAUUAAAGGACCCAUUAAUGAUGCUACUAAGGAUAAAUACAUAAAAACUUUUUUUGAAAUAGCUGCUAAUUUGUCAUUAUUUUGUUGUAAUGCAAUUUCUGAUCAUUCUACGGAUCGCAGAAUUAAUGGAAUAAUGUUCUUAGAAACAAUUCAAAGUAACGAUAAUUUAAAUAAUUCAAAUAAAAUAAUCCAUUAUUUAAAUGUUAUAAUCGAUCAACUAAAAAGCUCUGUAGAGUUUGUUUAUAACCAAAAUUAUACAGCAGAUAACUUAUUGUGCCAAAAAGCUGUACCACAAGACAUUAACGGUGAUGAAUUGGUAACACAUAAAUAUGUAAAAAGUUUUUUUAAUAUGAACCAGUGCUUGUGUACAACAAGAGACGCGCUAUCGCUUUGUGUAUUUGUAACAGAACAGUGUUUGUAUUUACUAUGGAGCCAUCUCGACUUUUAUGUACGAAAAACGUUUUCAAAUGAUUUUGAGCAUAAAUUAUUACUAGUUAAUGAAGUUACUAAUAUACAAGGUAAGGCGAUUGAAGUAUUACCAACUACUCAAUCUGAUAUAACCAAUUACGUAAAAUUCCAAAACAUUACAGCUGUAUUGUUUACAAGCUGCCACAAGCAUUUGCGUCUUAGUUUUAUACAACAAACGUUAUUUGAAAUGGAAUGUAGUAGUGGGAUUGCGUUAUAUUUGGCUGGAAAACCAAAAUCAAACACCUUAUAA